AUGAGCGAGAACGACAAGGAUGGCGAGAAGACCGUGGCCGACACCUCCAUCGGCACCACCGUAUCUCCGAAGGUGCCCACGUCCUCGUCGACGGCGUUCACUAUUGGCAAUACCGAGACAGAACCUAACAUAAACGGCGCGGCAGGUGCAUCCUCCUCCUCCUCCUCCUUAGCCGAAUACGGCGCCACCGCAGACUUCAUGGACCAGCCGCCAUCCCAUAUCAAACUGGUCAUCCCUGUGCAUGAGGCCGCUCGAGAAGGAUUGACGGCCGUGAGUUCGAGCUCGCCCCUACCUUCGAGUUCGUGGAAGUUCUCCCCCAACAGCGUGUUGUCAUCUCCCAGUCGGUCGGGGCUGCUGUUGUCAGACCACCCGGCUACUCCUCACAACAACACGACGACUACCGACCCAUUGACGUACAUCGCGCACGGCCUGCAUUCAUGGGACUCGUCUGCCAACAGCGGGCCUCCUUCGUUCAUUCGACCCCCGACGGCCAACUCGCCGGACCGGCAGCACUCGACCAGCUUGCAAGUCGAGAUCCAGGCGGUGACGUUGCCCGCGGACGGCGGCAUCAAAGAGGUCGAGGACGACAAGGGUACGCACAUCGUGUUCGCGUUGGAGGUGCGCCUCAUGAGCGGACGGCAGUGGGUGAUUGAGAAGCGGUACUCGGACUUUAUCGACUUGGACGACCGCAUGCAAAAGGCCAACGCCGCGGGCGUCCGCAACCUACCCUUUCCCAAGGAGCUCCUCUCCUUUCGCGGCAACACGCAUGGCGAGCUCGACCAGUGCCGACUCGACUUGGAAAAGUACGUCCAGGGCCUGCUGCACAUGCAGCCGUUGAAGCCGAUUCUCACCUUUCUCGCCGUGGAUGCACAUUUGGCAUCGCUGGAUGGCAACGACCGCAUACAACAGCAGCCAAAGCAAGUCGACAUGAAGAACGACGACCUCGCGCCAGACGGCAGCCAAGACCAGUCGAAAGCCGCCCGUCAGCACCUGAACAGGAGCUCCCCAUCGUCCUCCAAGCCGCCCGCGGCUCCGUCCGGAUCCGACGGGGUUGCGGUGGAUGCUGCCGCCAUGUCGUCCGAGACCAACGCGAUGAGCCAAGCCACAUGCCGACGUAAAACCUCAGCAACGACGUCAGGAUGGGGGGCCGACACGUUCAACUACACGGAUACGACCAUCGCCAAGCUGCAAGACGCUAUCAACAGCCACGAGCUGAGUGCCGAGGACAUUGUUCAGCAUUAUUUGGACGUGAUUGAUCAACUCAACCACAACGGACCACAAGUAAACGGUGUGAUCGAGACGAGCCCCACGGCGUUAGCCAUCGCCCAAGACUACCGCAAUGGCGGCCUGCUCCACGGCAUCCCCGUCCUCGUCAAGGCCAACAUCGCGACCUCGGGCGACGGGUUGACUGCGUGCGCCGGGUCGUCUGCGAUGGAGGGGAACAUCGCCCCCUGCGACGCCGUUCUCGUCCAGAAACUCCGCGCGGCCGGCGCAAUUGUCCUCGGACAUGCCAACAUGGUUGAGUGGGCCAACUGGCGCAGCCUCACGGGAAAGCUCGACUGGAGUGCUCGCGGCGGCCUCACCAAGAACCCGUAUGUGCUCACUGCGCCCACGUCCGGUUCGUCGUCUGGCUCGGCGUUGACGGUGGCGGCCAAUAUGAUUCCAAUAGCGAUCGGCACCGAGACAGAUGGCAGCAUUGUGAGCCCAGCAUCAUAUGUGUCCAUCGUCGGGUUGAAGCCAACUGUGGGCCUCGUAAGUCGCACGGGCGUGAUCCCAAUCUCGGCGCGCCAAGACUCUCCAGGCCCCAUGGGCCGCACCGUAGCGGACGUGGCCAUCGUGUUGCAAGCCAUCGCCGGCUUCGACCCGACCGACCCCGCCUCCAAGGACAUCCCCGUGCCUGAGUACUCGCAAACGUACAACGCCCUGACGUCGUUCAAGAACGUUCGCGUGGCAGUGUCCAAGCAAGCCCAUGACAUGACCCAGAACGAGUUCCUUUCCCAGGCGCAAGUCGAUGCUUUUAACCGCGGGGUGGACACAUUGAAAGCGCUUGGCGCCGACAUUGUGUACGCGCCGUACCCCAACGCCGCCGCCAUCUGGACGUCCAACUGCGAACUUGUAGCGCUCACGACUGAAUUCAAAGUCGAUGUCGAAGCGUACUUGAGCACGUUGGCGUGGAAAGAGGGAGUGACGCCAAUGAAAACGCUCCAGGACAUUGUCGAGUACAACGCUGCGCAUCCCCAAACGGAGCUUCACGUGCUCGAUCAAUCGUUGCUAUUGCAGUCGCUUAACGGCCCCAACCAAACCAGCACCGCCUACCUGGAUGCGCUAGCCCUGUGCCAAGACUUGGCCGUGACCAACGGCAUUGAGAAGUACAUGAAGGACACGCAAGCCGACGUGAUCUUUGCGCUCACUGCCACGUGGUCCCAGGGACCCAAUUCCCCUGGGUACCCUGCGAUUGCGGGGUGGCCCAUCCUCACGGUACCCUUGGGGUACGACCACUCGGUGCCGUUCGGCGUGUCCUUUGUCACGCCCAAGUACCACGAAGAAAAGCUGCUGCAAUACGGCUACAUGUUUGAACAAGCCACCAAGAUGCGUGUGCCCCCCCAGUUUGUGCCCGACAAUGAAGCCCCCCAAUCACCUAGCUAAUGUAUUUUUAGUAAUGUACAGGAAUAUACCUUCAAAAC